AUGCCUCAAGCUCAGCCAGAAUUGAAAAAGUAUAUGGAGAAGCGGUUGUUCGUUCAACUGAAUGGGAACCGCAAGGUUAUCGGAGUCCUUCGAGGUUACGAUGUCUUCAUGAAUAUUGUCCUGGACGAUGCUGUGGAAGAGAAGAACGGAGGUGAAAAAGUCCCACUAGGCAUGGUGGUUAUCCGUGGAAAUUCAGUGGUUAUGCUAGAGGCCCUUGAGCGUAUUAGCGAUCGGUGA